UGACUGCAGGGUCUAUUAGCAGAAUACCAGAAGAGUUCAGAGACGAGAACUUCUCCCUCUUGCCCACCUAUCCUGUCUUUCAAGAUCAACCAAGAAGCUCAGAUUCUAUUACCAAAUUUAACCUUCAUUGAAGAGGAGCAGAUAUCCAUCUUUGCUGUUUCACAGUAUCAGACCAUUGGUGGGAAAAAGGAAGAGGAGAGAUCGAAGAUUUUGGUCGAUUUUGAUUGACUUUUGGAGGAAGGUUUGGGUUUGUUUUGGGAGAGGUUGCUUGGUUUUCAUCAGAGAAACAAGUAAUUGUUUUGAGCAGAAAACUUGGUUUCCUAUUGCUUAAUUGUGCAACUGACUCUAAGCUGUUUUAACAGCAUUUGUAAUAUAUAUUUCAACAUUACCAGAACAUCUAUAUUAAUGAGUCUAUUCCAAAACCCGCAGCAACGCGCGGGCAUGUAUGCUAGUUUAUACAAAUUCUGGUAUGAGUAUGACACCCAAUUAUUGGAGUUGUCCUUAUUACUAAAUUUUAGUCGGGUUACUUCUGAGUUCUGAAGCCUAUUGUCCAGUUUUUGAUGUCCAACUAUUUCUCUCUAUAUAGAACACAAAGCUCUGAUUUCAUUACUCGUUUUAUACACCACAUUUCUCAAACCAAGAAUCAAAGCGCCGUUAAGAAACUCCAUGCUCACCUUCUAACAACAGGGUUGCUUAUCAUAUCCCCUCAUUUUCACGCUAAACUUAUCCUCUCAUACACCAAAUGCCUUCCCCAACACAACCUCCAGACACUGACCCACUUCUUCAAAUGCAUGAAACCCAAAAGCGAAUUACCAUUCAAUGUGUUAAUGGCUGACUUCUGCCGAAAUGGGUUCAGUUUUCUUGCUCUCAAAACCUUAUCAUUCAUGCACAGUAGCGGCGUUCCUAUAGAUACGUAUGCUUUGUGUAGUUCUUUAACUGCUGCAUCUUCUAUUAAAGAUGUUGGCUUCGGUAGAAAGAUACAUGCCCAUGUGGUAAAGUCAGGCUGGUGCUCCAGUGUUUUUGUUGGGAGUGCUCUGAUUGACUUGUAUGCCAAGUCAUUGGUUAUAGGAGAUGCAGGCCAAGUGUUUGAUGAAAUGCCGCUGAGAAACACUGUUUGUGCAAACGCACUUUUAUCAGGUUAUGGUGAUGCCAAGUUGUGGACAGAGGCAGUAGAAUUGAUCAGGAAGAUGCCGGCACUGAGUUUGGAGUAUGAUCACUUCACAUUGUCUGCGGCAUUACGUGCCUGUGCUGGGCUAGCUGCAGUUGAAUUGGGUAGGCAGGUACAUGGUUAUUUGAUGCGUUCGGUUUAUGAUGUGGGAAGUGAUGUGUUUCUGCUGAGUUCAUUGAUUGAAAUGUAUGGUAAAUGUGGGCUGGUAGCCAAGGCUCAGAAAGUUUUCAAUUUUGAUGGAAAAGGAGAGGGGAAAAGAGAUGUGGUUAUGUGGACUUCAUUGCUUGGUGUGUGUGGUAGAAAUGGAUACUAUAAAGAGGUACUUGAACUAUUCAAAGAUAUGUUGAUGGAAGGAAUUAGCCCAGAUGGGGUGGCAUUUGUGACAGUCAUCUCUGCUUGUGCUCGCACCGGUCAAUUGCAGCUCGGCAUUGAGUAUUUUGAAUCCAUGGAACUCAAGUUCAGCUUGAAACCAGGUCCAGAACACUACAGCUGUCUAGUUGAUUUGCUGUGUAGAGCUGGUGAAUUGGGCAAGGCAUGGAAGCUCAUUGAUGAGAUGCUUAAUAAAGGUCACAGCAGCUGCACUGUCCCUAUGUGGGGAGCUUUGCUUAAUGCUUGCAAAGAUCAAGGUGAUGUUGAAUUGGGUAAACUGGCUGCUCAAUGGGCACUUGAGUUGAAUCCUCAUAAUGAUGGUAUUUAUGUUUUGCUAUCAAAUUUAUAUGCCAGGUUCGGUAUGUGGCAUGAGAUUAAUCAUUUGAGGGAGUUGAUGAAAGAAAAGGGGUUAAGGAAAGAUGUCGGAUAUAGCCAUAUUGAAGUAACAAAUUGAAAAAGCCAGGUUGGGUAUUGUUUCACAUUGGAUGUUGUUGUUUAUGGUCGUGUUAUGGAGCUUGAGGAUACAUUUUGAUAUGAGUUGAAAUUUGAGUCAUUUCCCAUUGUUCUAAUAACAAUGUUGCUACCAAUAGAGCAGGGAAGAACUACAUCCAGUGGCAAAGAAGCAACUUCUGGUUGGAUUUAAUAUCUAACGUCAAUAUGUUUAUUCUCCAUCUCAUAGUUAUUAUCCAGAAACACCUCCUACUAUGUACAAUGUUGUUGUGGGAAGUUAAUCUACAUGUGUUUAAUUGUUCAAUCAAAGUACAAACUAGAAGUUUGAUUAGAUUCCUUUAUAUGUGGUGAAUGUUUUUCGUUUGAUUCCUUUUUAUUCAUGAUAUGUUUUAGGGUAUCUUAACUGUCAGUUUAAUUUUAUGUCAAAUGAUUCAAAACAACCAAACAAGCUGUUUCUUUUUUGGCAUAGUUUUGGGGAUGAAUGUGAUCUGUAAUAGUUUCAAACAAAGGAUAUUGGUGGUAAUGUACUCACAAUACCUACCAAAGCCCUGGAACAUGGAAAUAGAAAACUAUUAGGCUUCUGAUUUUUCAGUGUUUCAAUUUCUUCACAGAUUUCAUCAUUUGAAGUUGUACCAAGAAGAUGAAUCUGGUCCUAUGUUGACCAAGAAACCUGUGGUCGUGGAAUCCUAUGAUGAGAUUGUGUUCCCUGAGCCUUCAGAGAGUUUUUUAGCUCGCGUCCAGAAUCACCCUGCUAUAGCCUCCCCCAGAUUACCUGCUGGUUUGACUCUGCCUCCUCCUGUGCCAGUUGAAGAUCCAAGUAAAAGAAAGAGAGGUGCCACAAAAGAUCAUCCCCUGACCCAGUGGUUCAUGAAUUUUUCAGAAGCUGAUGAGCUUCUACAACUGGCUGCAGCUCGUCAGCAAAUGAGCAUUCCUCUCUCUGAAAUUUCUGGAUAUAUAAUAAGCAACUUAGACCUGAUUGAUGUUAUAAAUUUUGUUGCAUUUUUGUGAGUAUCAUGAGUUUUACUGCUGCAUGUAUUCUUAGAUUAGUAUGCACUUGCUGAAUUUUUUUCUUUGUAGUGAAUCUUUUGCCAUGAAUGCAUGUUAGUGC